UGAGAUUGUUUAAAUCAGAUUUAAAAUAAAUAGGAACUUUUCUCCCUUCAAAAACAAUUUAAUGUGUUCAGAAUAAUAGUGCAUCUGAAAACUUUAGACUUGUAAUACCACUCUUCCAACAUCAAAGACGUACACGUUGUACUUUUGACUUAGGUUCUUGCUGUGAAUGUGUGGUGGUAUCAUGUGCAACUGUUGAGUAAUUAAGUUUUAAAGGAUUUGCAUAACCGUUCAAGUGAGUUAUAAAACCUGAAAAAUGUGAGUGGAAACUUGAGGAAGAGGUUAGAGUGGACAUUAAGAUCGACAGGGUCAAGAAAUAAGAAUUUGAAUACUGAUAGUGGGAUUAUGUAAGUUUUCUUAAAAUUAGACAAUAUAUAGUAUUUGAUCCUUAGAAAUUCAGUACUCUAGGUGGGGAGGGGGUCAGAUUUCACUGCCUUUUCCCAGUUUUUUGCCUAUUCCAAAAUAGAAAGUUAUCAUUGUGUUGUGGCAUUGUUACCAGAGUCACUGAACCAUAUGUUACAUUUCCUGUUGUGCACCACUGAGAGGUGUUUCUUCAGUACCUCUGACAAGAGUGUAUUUUGAUUGACUGCUUUAUGUGCUUGUUUAUUUUUUAUAGCAUUUAAAUCGGUAUUGAGAUGGAUUGGGUUAUGAAACAUAAUGGUCCAAAUGACGCUAGUGAUGGGACAGUACGACUUCGUGGACUACCAUUUGGUUGCAGCAAAGAGGAAAUAGUUCAGUUCUUUCAAGGUAUAUUGAGAUCUUCAGAAGUAGCAGGAGUGAAAUCAAAGGAUUUUAUGAUCCACCAAGAAGAUUGCUGGGCCAGCGACCAGGACCAUAUGAUAGACCAAUAGGAGGAAGAGGGGGUUAUUAUGGAGCUGGGCGUGGAAGUAUGUAUGACAGAAUGCGACGAGGAGGUGAUGGAUAUGAUGGUGGUUAUGGAGGUUUUGAUGACUAUGGUGGCUAUAAUAAUUACGGCUAUGGAAAUGAUGGCUUUGAUGACAGAAUGAGAGAUGGAAGAGGUAUGGGAGGACAUGGCUAUGGUGGAGCUGGCGAUGCAAGUUCAGGUUUUCAUGGUGGUCAUUUUGUACAUAUGAGAGGACUACCUUUUCGGGCAACUGAAAAUGACAUUGCUAAUUUCUUCUCACCACUAAAUCCGAUCCGAGUGCAUAUUGAUAUUGGAGCUGAUGGCAGAGCAACCGGGGAAGCAGAUGUAGAGUUUGUGACACAUGAAGAUGCAGUAGCUGCCAUGUCUAAAGACAAGAAUAACAUGCAACAUCGAUACAUUGAACUCUUCUUGAAUUCUACCCCUGGAGGCGGCUCUGGAAUGGGAGGUUCUGGAAUGGGAGGCUACGGCAGAGAUGGAAUGGAUAAUCAAGGAGGCUAUGGAUCUGUUGGAAGAAUGGGAAUGGGGAACAAUUACAGCGGAGGUUACGGUACUCCUGAUGGCUUGGGUGGUUAUGGCCGUGGUGGUGGAGGCAGUGGAGGUUACUAUGGGCAAGGUGGCAUGAGUGGAGGUGGAUGGCGUGGGAUGUAUUAAAGCAUAACCACCAACAUAGAAGUCCUGACAACAGCAUCUGGUCUACUAGACUUUCUUACAGAUUUAAUUUCUUUUGUAUUUUAAGAACUUUAUAAUGACUGAAGGAAUGUGUUUUCAAAAUAUUAUUUGGUAAAGCAACAGAUUGUGAUGGGAAAAUCUGUUUUCUGUAGGUUUUAUUUGUUGCAUACUUUGACUUUAAAAAAAUAAAUUUUUAUAUUCAAA